CCAAAUCUUGAGUGCUAGAACCCUAAAUCUUUGAGUGCUAGAACCCUAAAAGAAAGUACCUUCUUUUUCUCGCAAUGGCGACUGCGAGCACUAGCAGCAUCCGGCAGCAGCAGGGGCGGCAGCCGGAAUUCAAGUACAUCGUUCCACUGAUAUACGCUCCAAUCCUGCCGCUCAUAAGGCUCGCGUUCCGAAAGAAUCCCGAGGUGAGGGAUCGAGUGUUUGCGGUGGCGCUCGGGAUGGCUUUCGUGCACGGAGGCUAUGUGAUAUCGGAGCUCUAUCAGAAGGAAAGUAGCAGGCAGCCCAAAUUGUGAGGCUGGAUCGCGAGAAAAAAGAGAAGAUCUCCUACUUGAUGAUUCUUGUGGGAGGAUACUCAGCUGGUUUCAUCAUCUCGAGAGUAGAACAGAUCACCGAUGCCGCGAGAGCAGUCUUGAUAAUUCCAAUCUUUUUGGAUCC